GCGCGUAGUCGGCGCAAGCCCAGUGGGGACUGGCGUGGGCGCCUGAUGCCGGCGGCUCCUCACGCGGGCGGGAUGAUGCAGGGGGAACAGAGUCCAGCUACUUCCCUCAUUGACAGAACCAUCAAGAUGAGGAAAGAGACUGAAGCCAGGAAAGUGGUUUUGGCUUGGGGACUCCUUAAUGUGUCAGUUGCAGGCAUGAUUUAUACUGAAAUGACUGGAAAACUGAUAAGUUCAUAUUAUAACAUUACAUACUGGCCACUGUGGUAUAUUGAACUUGCACUUGCAUCUUUGUUCAGUCUGAAUGCCUUAUUUGAUUUCUGGAGGUAUUUCAAAUACACGGUGGCACCAACUAGCUUAGUUAUGAGUCCUGGACAGCAGACCCUUCUUGGGCUUCAGAAUGCAUCAGUACAAACAACUCCGCCUCGUGAGCUAGUGACAAAGAAAGUCCCUUCUUCAACACCUUCUCCUCCAAUCCUGGGUCAGAGCGUGCUGAGUUACAGCCCAUCCCGCUCACCUAAUACCAGCCCAAAGUUUGCCACUGGUUGCAUGACUGGGUACAGCCCUCAGCUACAGGCUUUGUCAGGCAGCAGCGGUUCUUAUAGCACUGCUGUGACCUACUCACCAAACAGCAGCUACAGUAAGGUAUCCAGCUUUAAUCCCUCUCCUGGUAGCUCACCAUACCCCACCAGCAUUGGACCAGUGGAAAGCAGCGGGCUGAGGUCUCGGUACCGUUCUUCGCCAACUGUGUAUAACUCCCCUAUUGGCAAAGAAGACUAUAUGACAGACCUAAAGUCCUUGGACAGCUUCCUUCAAAGUGAAGAAGAGAAGCAACAUCGAGUUCAGCUGGGGAGUUCAGAUUCCAGUUCUCCUUCCAGCAGUCCGACUCUUUGGAACUACAGCCGUUCCAUGGGAGACUACGCACAGAUGCUGAGGAAGUUCCAGUACCAGCUGGCCUGCAGGUCCCAAGUCCCAUCAGCACACAAAGAUGAAGCUGAUCUGAGCUCUAAGCAAGCUGCGGAAGAGGUUUGGUUGAGGGUGAUAAUGAAUCGACAACUACUCAAUCAUGUGGACUCAUGGACAGCUAAGUUCAGAAAUUGGAUUAACGAGACUAUUUUAGUGCCACUUGUGCAAGAGAUUGAUUCUGUGAGCACUCAGCUGAGAAGAAUGGGGUGUCCAGAGUUGCAGAUUGGAGAAGCCAGUAUUAGCAGUCUGAAACAAGCCGCUCUUGUUAAAGCUCCACUCAUCCCCACACUGAACACUAUAGUGCAGUACCUGGACCUUACACCAAACCAGGAAUAUUUGGUUGAAAGGAUCAAAGAACUUUCUCAGGGAGGAUGCAUGAGCUCAUUCCGAUGGAACAGAGGAGGGGACUUCAAGGGCCGUAAAUGGGAUACUGAUUUGCCCACUGAUUCUGCUAUCAUUAUGCAUGUGUUCUGCACUUACCUUGACUCCAGGCUGCCUCCUCACCCAAAAUAUCCUGAUGGCAAAACAUUUACCUCGCAACACUUCAUUCAAACACCAGAUAAGCCAGAUGUUUCAAAUGAGAAUGUGAUUUGCAUCCACCAGAGCACCAUCAACCCUCCCCACUAUGAGCUUAUCUACCAGUGCCAAGUCUACAAUCUGCCCAAGGGCAGAAACAACAUGUUCCAUACCUUGCUUAUGUUCCUGUGCAUCAUAAAGACAAAAGAAUCUGGGAUGCUCGGGCGAGUAAAUCUUGGCUUAUCAGGAGUGAAUGUUCUGUGGAUCUUGGGAGACUAG